GGGACUCAGGGGGAGGUUCUUCAUCUCACACUCUGCUGCCUGAAGAUUCCACAGCAUGCUACACAGGUUCUAUUAAGAAAUCAGCUCACCGUGUUGGGGAGGAAAGAGAUCAAAGUACACUCUGCAAGAUCAUUAUAUCAGACAACAUAUUUCAUCUUCUGGAAUAAUCUGCUGCUCCUUGUCUUUCUCUGAGGAUCUCUGCAGAGAUUGAAUGAGAGAACAGCUUUGCAGGAUAACAGGACUUGGGUAAAGUUCAAUAUUGUCCAUCUGCCAAAGAAUUGCAUAUACUGAAAUACACUUUGACCCCAGCCUUUUGGCCAGCUUUGAGAAUUAGCUCUUCUUGCUUUCCUGAUUUGAAAAGAUAAGGUACCUGCCAAGAUGUUCCAAUUACAAGGCCCACAACUGCUGCAGAUGCUAGAGAAAUCCUUGAGGAAAUGCCUCCCUGAGUCCCUAAAGGUGUAUGGGACUGUUUUCCACAUGAACCAGGGAAACCCAUUCAAGCUAAAGGCCCUGGUGGACAAGUGGCCUGAUUUUAGUACAGUGGUUGUCCGCCCUCAGGAGCAGGAGAUGGUUGAUAACUGGGAUCAUUACACCAAUACAUACCAAAUCUACUCCAAGGACCCCAAUAUCUGUCAGGAAUUUCUUGUUUCACCAGAAGUCAUCAACUGGAAACAGCAUUUGCAGAUCCAAAGUUCCCAGUCUAACCUCAAUGAGGUGAUACAAAAUCUCGCAGCCAGGAAACCCUUCAAAGUGAAGCACACAGAGCGCUUUCUCUAUAUGGAACCUGACACUGUAAAGAAACUGAUUCCUUCCUUGUUCGAUGUAAAGAACUUACCACCUGGUGGUGGCAAACCCAAAGCAUUCAAUCAAGAAAUGCUUAAACUCUCAUCCCUGGAUGUUACCCAUGCUGCCCUGGUGAAUAAAUACUGGCAUUUUGGUGGCAAUGAGAGGAGCCAGAGAUUCAUCGAGCGCUGUAUACAGAACUUCCCCACGUUCUGUCUGCUGGGGCCUGAGGAGAAACCUGUGUGCUGGGACCUGAUGGACCAGACAGGAGAGAUACGGAUGGCAGGCACCCUGCCUGAGUACCGGAAGCAGGGCCUCAUCUCCUAUAUCGUCUAUAUUCAGACCCAGGCUCUAAACAAACUUGGCUUCCCCAUAUAUUCUCAUGUUGACAAGAAUAACAAAAUUAUGCAGAAAAUGAGUGACAAUUUGCAUCAUAUCCGCAUGCCCUGUACUUGGAACCAGUGGAACUGUGUGCCUCUGUGACUCCAUCCUACAAACAAGUAUCAGAUGGGCUCCAACGUGUGGCUGGGGCAAUGGAUGGGUGGGCAGAGAGAAAGACUGAUCAGUAAUAAUUGUAAUGAUCAGUAAAGUAGUGGGCUCUGGGGAGGCAGUGUGAAUGUUCAAUACCAUGUUCCCUGCACUCAAGUCACUGCGGACUUCCCUUAGAUGUCUCAGGGUGACGCAGCCCCAGGCACUCACUACACAUGGUUUGGUUCCCCCAUGCUUCCAGGCAUCUCCAUGACACUCCAAUCAGCUGCAUGCUGCCCAGAUGGCUUUUCCUGGAACUCAUAGUGUGUGAAUGUGUAGAGCCUUGCCAGAUUUUCCAGGGAGAGGUAUAAUUUCUUAGCAUUAUGACUUAUUCUUUGCUCUUUCUCUUAAUGAUCAGCAAGUGGACUCUGCUCAGUAGAUCUGUAGAGAUUAUUCUCUCCUCUGAUUGCAGCUUUCUCAAUACAUUAAAAGAUUAUUGUACACAAAUAUGUAUAAAAUACUAGGUUAAACAUAGUGUAAACGAUAUGGCAGGGAGAGUUUUGAAGGAAAAGACUAACUUAUAUUAACCUCUCCCCUCCUCACUCCCACAUCAGGGAAAAUGAUUCAAUGUUGCUUCUCAAAGCAGAAUUUUCUAAAUCCACCCAAACCCCAAACAAUAAAGAGACUUUCUGUUUGAUUGU